UAACUUUACAUAUCUGGGUAACAUUACUGGAAACGCUACAAGUAAACAGCUCGUGAAUACGACAUUUACCUUAAAUCUUAAAGUAUUUCAUGAAAUUACGUUUGGUAUUAAAUCUAGAGGUGGUUGUGGCAAAGUCAAUCGGAUGAAAGUCCACCACUAUGUUUGCGAUGAGACAUUUAUAAACAGUGUCAUGUUUAAGAAGACAUUGGCACCUCAAAACGGAACCAAAGAAGUGUUUGGUAAUUGCUCGGCCAAUACAGUUCAGGUUUCAAGUAAGGGUAACUUGAGAGCAUAUUGCCACAGUAAUGGAUCUUGGAGUACAGAAAGGGCUGGGGAAAUGGUGUGUAUGUGUGUUAAGGGGUAUGAACCUACAACUAAUCAUGGAUGUUCUGGUAUGUUUUGACAUACAGUUAUAUGUAGUCACAUUUCAAUUAAUUAGCCUUUCUCACGCCGCCAUUUUUGGGGUACUUUUUUGCCAAUCUUGCGAGCGUAACACCACAUAAUGGCGACAUUUUAUAAUUUUGUGGGUGUAUGAUGGUAAAUUUACUCUGUAAAUAGUUAGUUUGUUCUGAAAUAUUGCUUUUCACAUUGUUAUAACCGUUAACGAAAAAUUACAGUACCCCAAAAAUGGCGGAAUGAGAAAGGCUAAUGCGCUUUCUCUAUAUAUAUAUAUACAAUCAUUUAAAAAGUCGUUGGGACACUUGCGGUUUAGAUCAACAGUGACUAUAUACAUGCAAAUUAUUACAGGCAUUUAUAUCUCCCUCCCCCGUAUCACAAGCUAGAACACAUUGCUAUCGGAGGCACUAGACUUAGUUCCGAAAUACCACACACUCGUAGCUCAGUUUGUAGAGCAUUGGACUAGUAUCCCAAAGGUCGAGGGUUCGAUUCCCACCGUGAAUGGUCAGGCUAACUUUUCAGCCUGCCCGGUGUGGAAAUACACUCAGAGUAACAUGAAAAAACAUUAUACUCGCCUGAGUACGUAACAUCCAAACACACACAAAAAAUAUCAUUACCCUCGUAUAUUUAUAAGAACUUGUGCAUGACAAUCUUUUGGCAACAGGAAUCUGGGCCAUUAAGGUUUGAUUCUGCCGAAAUGCCUAUCGUUGCAUUUUGCUAACUAGAUUAGGUCUUAAAUACGUAGAUACUAUAUUGAUACUAUCCACGAAUACGUACUUAAACACUUUAUCUUUUUUGAAGAAAUUAUUGACAAUUCCACAAGAUCCAGUAAAAUACAGACCACCACUGUGAUUAUCAUUAUCUUAUGUAUAAUCAUCGGAAUAUUUGUUGUCAUCGCAUGUGUAUUGUACUCAAGACAACGUAGACGUAUGCGUGAAGCACGUUUCGGUGGGAAGGACAUUGAAAUGAUUGAUAAAAUUCCACACGAAGACGGCUGGAAUAUCGAUCGUGAGAACAUUCAACUUCUUAAAACAAUUGGCGAAGGAGCUUUUGGACAAGUGCUUAAAGCUAAAGCUUACAUUCCUAGAUUAGAUUCAAUGUGGCUAACAGUUGCCGUGAAAACUUUGAAAGGUAUAAUUUGAGUAAAAUUAAUCCGUUUUUUGCUUGUAAUAAUUGAUUUUAUAUAUUACUGUUAUAAAUUAUCACUUCAAUUUAUUCACUUUUGUUUGAUCGUUUUGCUACAACUAGUAGUAUAUCCUCUACUCACCUCUGGUGUUUAUAACGUAGGUGCCUUGUAUGGGACUUGCAUUCUCGUUUGCAACUUUCCAACUCUUUUUUUCUACUGUAGAUUUGUAUUAAAGUCAUGAUGUAUGCUUAUUCCUUUUAUGUACUGCUUGCUACAGAUGAUGCGACAGACGUGGAAUUCGCAGAUCUAGCUUCUGAAUUGGAAGUGAUGAAGAAAAUUAGACCACACAAAAAUAUAAUUAACCUGAUUGGAUGUUGUGCUCAGAAUGGUAAAUAUGUGAUGUCUCUUUCUAGCAUACUGGGACUUCCACCGAAGGAAUGGUUUAUAGUUUGGCAUUGUUUGGUCAUUGAGUUACACAUAAUUAUAUUGUCCACGUACGCCUAUACCAAUCAAAAUAAUUUUCUACUCAAUUUCCACAUUGUUAAACUUUCCAAAUUUAGAUAGGACGAUUUUCAAUCUUUACACCGUUCCUAUACCCGUAAUCUUUACCCACACUUAAAUGACACUGGAAAUGCAAUGCGUUAUAAAUUUCAAAUCAGCCCUGUUAUCAGAGUCUGAACAAUGAUAUACGUUCGUGGGUAAACCUUACUACUCAAUUUCCACAUUGUUAAACUUUCCCAAUUUAGAUAGGACGAUUUUCAAUCUUUACACCGUUCCUAUACCCGUAAUCUUCACCCACACUUCACCCACACUUCACCCACACUUCACCCAGACUUCACCCACACUUCACCCACACUCAAUUUCCACAUUGUUAAACUUUCCCAAUUUAGAUAGGACGAUUUUCAAUCUUUACACCGUUCCUAUACCCGUAAUCUUCACCCACACUUAAAUGACACUGGAAAUGCAAUGCGUUAUAAAUUUUAAAUCAGCCCUGUUACCAGAGUCUGAACACUGAUAUACGUUCGUGGGUAAACCUUAAAAAAAGAUUUAGCUUAAAAAAUUCAAUUCAAUGGUAUACCGCGGAUCGAAAGCUACAGUAUACCAAAUUAGUUGUGGUAUCUUCCAAAGACCAAUCAACUUUAUCUAUAUGACUAUGUUUUCUUGAUAAUUUAGGUCCGUUGCUUGUGAUUAUUGAAUAUGCACCUCACGGAAAUCUACGUGAAUACUUACGAAACCGCAGACCACAUAGACAAGGAAUGACUCCAGCACCGCAUGCAGAUGAAGUGUUAUCGUUACGAGAUUUUAUAUCCUUCAGUUAUCAAGUGGCACGGGGUAUGCAGUAUCUUGCUUCAAUGAAGGUAAUUGUUUCUUUAUAUACUUUUCUGUGUGUGUUUUGUAUUAUGUACUCAGGUGAAUAUAAUGUUUGUGAUGUUACUCUGAGUGUGCAUCCACACCGGGCAGGUUGAAAAGUUAACCCAUAGACAAUCCAGAAGACUUGACUCAGAAGUCUUCUGGAUUGUCUAUGCUCGAACCGACUUGACCUCGUAGCUCAGUUGGCAAAACAUUGGACUAGUAUCCCAAAGGUCCAUGUAUAAGCCUCCCCCCGUAUAUAAGCCCACCCUUGUAUAGUCGGAGGUUGUAUAUACAAUGAGGAAUGCUGCAUGUCAAAAUAUUACCCAAUCGAUAGUUGAUGUACAGUACUUUCAUUAUAAUUUUAAAACAACACGAUUAUAUAAACAUGUACUCAUCGUGUACUUUAUAUGGCAAUGUCUUCAACAGUAUGAAUAUGGAAAAUAUGAAAACAUAUGUGUUUUCAUCCCUUAUUAAUUUCACAUGGUAAAUACGCUUAACUUUCAAAUUCAGACUAAAAAAAAAUCGACAUUAUUCUCUCGUAAAAAUAUUCUUGUUCUUCCUCUUUAUAGUGCAUCCAUCGUGAUCUUGCUGCAAGAAAUGUUUUGGUUGGAGAUAAUAAAGUGAUGAAAAUUGCUGACUUUGGCUUGGCAAGAGAUAAGACUGACUAUUACAGAAAAACCACAAAUGUAUGUACGGCUGUGAAUUCCUGCAAUAUACAGCUAUUUCAAUUAAGGUUGUCUUCCGAACAAAGUGGAAAAGUCGAAUACGAGCGCGAAAGGCUGCUGGGAAUCGCUAAUAAAUGAAUGAACUUAUUGGCGAUUCCCAGCAGCCUUUCGCGCUUGUAUUCGACUUUUCCGCUUUGCUCGGGGGACAACCUUAAUUGAAAUAGCUGUAUAUAUACAUAACAUGCUACAUGUUGUAUACAUGAAUAUUUUGCGGUCUCAUGAUAUAAGAAGAGUGCUUUUAGUUACUGUAUUCAACCAAACACCGAACUUAUAACUGAAUGAUAAAGCUGUAUACAGUCAUAUAAAAACCUUAUAGCUUAGUUUUGUUUCAAAUUGAUGGGAAAUGGAAUUCAUAAUUUAACCCGUGGUUUAAUUCCAGCUUAGUUUCCGUCUUUGUGUCAGCUGUCACAAUUCUUUGUUUGAGUAAUCUCUGCACUGUCAAAGUAUAACCCUAUUAAAAAGCUUAUUGAUUGAAUAAAGUGAUCAUUGAUUGGUCAUAAUCACUUUUUUCUAGGGUCGCUUGCCGAUAAAAUGGUUGGCGCUCGAAGUUUUGUUUGAUCGAGUUUUUACAACGAAAAGCGAUGUGUAAGUAAUUCAAAUAAAAGCUGCCUUCUGAAAGUUAAAACUCAAAUAGCGUUCGAACCAUAACACCAUGAAAAGCACAAUUGACUGGUACAGAACAUGUGAUCAAUUAUGAAGCGCGGCAGGGGAAAUGUUUUUCGCCUGAAUGUCGAGGUUUUGCGGUUGCUAGUUUUGACCAGCGGACAAACUUUUACCCUGAAUUUCUGUGCGCGUUGCCGGCAUUGUACUAACAACAAAAAAACUAGAUCAGUAACAUUUUAUAUUAACCUCCUCCGCAGGCAUCUCACCCGAUGAAUCGGGUGGUCGGAAAAAGUUUGGUGAAAUUUUUUUCAAAACCCAUUCGCAGGCUAAAACCCAUAGAGAAGCCUGCGGAGGAGGCUAAAUUUUAUACAGUAUCUGUAAAAACAACUCUCCAAUCCAAACAUCCAUUUAAUUUAUUCAUUAAAUUUAUAGAUGGGCCUUUGGUGUUCUUAUAUAUGAGAUAUUUACUUUUGGUGAGUUUUUUUUUUGUUUUUUGGGGGGUUCCAUUUUUAAAGAUCUAGAAGGUCACAUAAAGUUAAUAUAUGUCAGUUGCUAAUGUUUUCCAAUAUGUUCGUAGGAGGCACGCCGUAUCCCAGUGUGCCAAUUGAAAAGCUAUUCGAACUUCUAAAAUCUGGUUAUCGAAUGGAGAGACCUGAAAACUGUCCACCAGAAUUGUGAGUGGCCGAUCUUCCAUGUUUUAAAAUUAAUUAUAGGUACAUAUAUGUAUUAGACUCAUAUAAUAAUUGUAAAGUGUAAAUUUAGGCCGUUUUAAUAUGUUCCUCACAACAUUUCUUCAUGUUCCUGUUAGAUAUGAACUGAUAUCACGGUGUUGGUCACAGGAACCAGGAUGUCGACCAAACUUCACUGAAAUUGUGGAGGAGUUGAGCAAGAGGUUGGAAAGCAUGACAACAGAGGUGAGGUAUUAAACUGUUGGGAAAUGUUAGAGCUAUAUUUUUGAAAAACAUUUAUAAAUUUAAGGUAAUAAAAGUGUCAAAAACUUAAUAUGAGUAAUGUCAUGGUUUAUUCAAACAUUUGUCUGCAUAGGCGUACGAGGCAGGGAGAGGGCUGCUCCCAUCCCCCCAAAAUAUUUUUUGGUUACCUGGUGAAAGUGAUACCUGGUCACUGACCUGGUUAAGUAUUUGACUCAGUCCCCCAGUUUUAUGUAAUGAUUUGCAAAAAUGCGAUGUCAUUUGAAAAAUUAGGGACUGUAUCUAUAUAAACCCUUUAUCUAUAUAAACCCUGGCUAACUACUGAUAAAAUCAAAUCUAUAGGUUCAUGUUUUUUAUUUACUAUAUAUAGGAGUACAUUGAUGUUCAAGCGCCAUCGUUAAGCGACAGUACUUCGCUCACACUAUCAGAGUCAGGGCCUAACUGUCUGAGUUCAGUUCGUAUAUCUUUCGGAAACGUUUUUGUCGGCGAGGAAAAUGACGCGGAGGACGAAGACGAAAUACAAAUGAACGAAUAUGAUGAUCCCGACAAGAGAUCUGAAGAGAAGAGCAGCGACAAUGUAUUCGUCGAAUCCGAAGUGAAUUCCGAUAAAGCCGAAGCAAACAUGAAGGUUGCCGGCGAAGAUUCGGUGUCGAUAGGAAACGGCUCGGAAAGGGACGACAAUUUUGAAGCCUAA